UUAGGAACCUUUCAUUCAUGCAGGAAUGGCCGUGCAUUGUUUAUUACCAUAAUUGUAAGGGCAUGUCUCAGUAUGACAAUGACCUCUGAUUCCGGAACAGUAAGCGUUCUACUAGAAGUUCACACUCGCAGAUGCAGACUGAUUUCGCGCGGUGCUUCAUUCCAGCAUAAAAUGACGUCGACCGUCUCCAGAAAUCUUUCCUCCGUUACGAUCAUCGCUACAUACGUAAUAUCUAACGCAGGCUAAAAGUCAUUCGUGCAUUUCCAACGUUCUCCAAGAACUAUAUAUACGUAGUUGCAAUUACUCGUUGAAAUAACAAAAAUACAUCCAAUUGUUUCACGAGCUUCUAAAUUUUCCUCUUCCAAUCUUCCAGUGCGAAGUGGAGUCGGGCGAUGGUCGAUCAAUCGGUGCAGGUGAACGGCGAUGGUCAAGGUCAUUGGAAACUUAAAGGAGGCGUGGCGGUUCCCCUUACGAAUGACCUACUGACAGAUUUGGACGGUCGCUCCGGCGUGUGACGCGUGCUUCCGCACGCGCGUGCUGACCCAUGCACGCAUGCACGCAUGCACGAUCGGGAAGACCGUUAUAGGACCACAUACGAGUUCGAGGCGAAUGUGGCUCGGCUGUCCUCGCGCUCGACAAAUCCGCGGGCGAGUAUCGCGCCCCGAUCGUUGCACGCGAUAGCAGUUAACCAUUCGCUGCAUUUAAUAACAAUAAUCCAGUCAAUACAUUGAAACAGUUGGGCCUGCGAUCAGUGCGAGAUAUAGCCGACACGCAGCCUGCACUCGCUGUAACUCGACCGUUACGUUACAACCGACAGGGAACGGAGUAUUAACAUAACGGCAUGCGCUAUGUGUACUCCCGAUGUUCGAUAUACCAUGGGUUGGUUCGAAUGGCGUUGAAUUAAUCGAUAUGCGAAUCGAUGAUCAAGAGGGUUGCGUUUGUUGUUGAUGUAGAUGGAAACUAGAGGAAGAGAGAACAGAGUUUUGGACUAAUCGCAAUUUGGAGCGAGUAAGAAAGAGGAACAGAGUCUGAAGCAAUUAGAAGUUGGAAUGAAAAGUAAACGUAGAUUCGAGUGAAUCGAUAAGAAGGAUAGAAUGUGAAAUAAGAAGCGUCGAGGUGAAUUCUGUAUUCAUUUCACGUAUAGAGAGUAAGAUAGUGAAAUCUCUGUUUGCGACAGAUAUUCAAUUCUAUUUCGAACGGAGAAUGUCAGGUUAUCUAGAAAUUCGCUUAACUUCGGUAUCGAAUAAAUCGAAAAACUUGGCAAAAAAUUGAUAUUUGAUAAGCAGGGUGUGCUGUUACGUGCACGUUUGCUUGGAUAUCAAUUCUCAAGAAUUUGUAAGAGAACCUAAGGAGUUUGAGAAGCAUUUAACCUUAACGCAACGGUUCAAGAGGUCUUUCGUUUCGUUUUUAAGGAAACGAUUAUGGAAGAUUGAUGCGCGCAUGUAAAAGCUGCAUGGAAGAAUCUGAACGAUAGAGAGCAAAUGAUGGAGCACUUUCUAAAACCGGUUGACUUUUUCUCUUUUACAAUACUUACAUUUUUCGAACUUUUUCCUACAAGAUUAGAUUAGUAGAGUUCGCUGCAGGCCCGAUAAGCAGACACGCGUUUGUAACGUACAGUUAGUCUAAAAUAUGGUUGCAACAACAAUAUAAUUUUCUCUUGAGUUAUUUCGAAUUGGAACUUGCUAACACGUCGAUGUUCUACCUCUUUCAUUUCUUUCAAAAGUUACUGAAUUAUUCAUUAAGACUUGUCAAAACUACGAAGCAAUUCAUUAAUAAGUUUUUAAAACGAUUUCUAGAAGGUUAAUAACCCGUUUCAAUUCCCAAUUCCACGGACGCGAGUAUCUAUGAAAUUUAUUUAAUCUUGAAUAGCAUUUAAGACUUAAAUGGAUAAUAAAAAUUACUUUGAAUAACGAGAAGCGUUACAAAAUUUAACAGGUUUAGUCCACCGUUCUCUCUCUCUCUUACAACAAUAUACAAACAUAGACAAACGUAGUCCCGUCGCGUGGAUCAUUUCUCUCCGCUUGAUAUCUUCAAACGAUUAAAUCAAUCGGAAAUCCAACCCAAACCAUUACAAUCUCCGGAUGACAUCCGUAGGCGUGAAAUUCUUGAAAACGAAAAAGGGAACGAUGUACUUUAUCGUGACCCUGUUCUGGGACGAAGACAUUUUUAUUGGUUAGAUGUACCUGUGUCAUCGAACCAGCUCACAAUAGUGAUUAAGAAAUCGAACCGAUGCCUCCAGCUUGUUAAUGAAUUAUAGUCGUAAGGUAAAUAGUGGCCCUUAACGAGUUAACGACACUUCCAUAUUUCAUUCGUUUCUUACAUAUCUUUUGUCGUGUACCCUUGUUUAAUUAUCACAUCAAGACUUCAAACACUCCGAUAUCGAUCUAACCCAAACCUCUCCGUUCUAUUAUGCUAAACGUAUUUUGCUUUCUAGAUACAAUCUACACGAUCGAAUCUAUUUUCUGAGAUUAAAAUUCUUGCCACGCGCCAAUCGAAUUUUCCUUGGCUCGAAGUGAAACACGCGAGUACGAUCAUCGAUUUCGAGGAAUAACCGAACCGUCCGUGAAUUCGGGACGCGGCCACAGUGAAAUCGCCCGUAAAAGUGUGCUCGGUGUAUUCGUGUCCAGGCUGUUUGGGCUUACACACGAGACACCCUUUUCUCCUGAUUAACGUCAUUAACGUUUAAGAUUUUUUCCACGUUCGCAUCGAACAACGCUCUCUCGAGUACUACUUCAAACGAGCGCGUGAUGAAAACGCUGGCUUCUGGAUGCAAGAUGUUUGCGGUUUUUCUCUGCGCGAUCUUUUCGACAGGAAGCAAAAUAAAGUCGAAACCGGAUUAGCGGCCUACUUGUAUCUGAAAAUACGCGUGUUAAUAUUUAUGUCGAUGGUACAACGACACUGGGGACACACGAGUUGAAUACCGGUGAUUUUCCGUGACGAGCUUCCCGCGCGAGCUUUGGUGUCAUGCGUUUAUCGAAUCUGAUUAGAUUUCUCCUUGCAUUUAACGUCGCGUCUCUGACAAGCAUAAUCGUUACUCUUGUGUUGAUUGCGCCACCUUUUAUCUAUCGAAAUAUUUUUAAUUAUUCGUCAUAGUUCGGUGACCCGUUCAUGAGAAUGAACGAACGAAUUGAUUACAAACUGACAGAUAUGACAACGAUAAAAGUGAAAUAUUCUCAUCCUCGUUGUUACACAGUAAUAAACAGAUAAAUAGGGAAACUCCUUAACCGAAUUUAACUGAACUUAGUUUUUAAUAUUAUUUUUACAGUGCAUCGAGGAACAAGAAAAGUAUUUUUUAAACCUGUAUUUCAGAAACAAGAAAAAAAAAAGGAAUAAAACUUUUCACGAUACAAUUAGUCGAAUUUACGAAUAGAUAUUUCCCUAUUAAUAUGUUUGCUAACAAGUAAAACAGACAUUUGUAACGCUAUUAUGAUUUGCAUAAAAUAAGUAAUAAAAUGCUAUCGUUACAAUAAGAUUGCGGAUAUCUAUGUAUCUGCGGGUGAUAAUAUUUAAGGAUAUAGGACAAUACGUAAGGAUAAUACGUAAUAAAAUAUUCAAAGUACAGUGCUUGCUAAAUUUUUAAUAGGCGAAACACAUUUCUCCUUAAACCCUUUAGUCAUUUUCGUAAAAACAGCGUAACUAUCCGUAGUCUGGUUAUGGCAUCAUGUCGCGUUAUUACAAAACUAGAGUCAAAAAUUCGAAUUGAAAUCACAAUUAAUACGUAUUUCGAUUUCUGGACCAGAUCGAAAAAAAGAGUAAAGAAUGGUUGAGAUGGAGCGUCAUCAGCCGAAAUUCCAACCGGUGAAAUCGGUCCGGCGGUCGUUAGACCCGCGUCGAAUUCGAUUGGAUUUGAAUCAGAGGAGAACGACGACCGUCUACGUGCCAGAGAGAAAGAGACGAAGCGUUUGUGGCGGGAGCGCAACCAACGAAUGAACGAACGUGGAAGAGAGGAAGGUAGAAAGGAACGGACAGAGGGACGAACAGACGGAUGGCCGGGUAACCCAGAUCGGAUCAGCCGAGGCGAUGCUACGGAGGCUCGGCAGUAGUAUCGAGUCGAUGGUCGCGCACCAUUCCGACGUCUUCAUCGUUCCAUUCACCAAGGUCUUUACAGUGCUCGAUUCUAAACAAAAUAUCUAAACCUACGCGUUCUCCAAGAAUUCUUCGAUAUUUCUACAAGACGAUUCCAAAGUUGGUUGCACACUUUCAUGUCAUUUACGUGUUACAACAGUGAGAAUAGACAGUCUCGUGUAUCUGGUGUCACUUCAAACGAACGAUCAUUUUGGGAACCAAGAAGUCAGAGGACCGUGAAUCCCCGAUUACCAAUUAAGCUCCUUGAUUUCCGAGAAGAACUCGUUCACGGAGACAUCGCGCGAACGUCGCGGAUCGAGAUGCAGUUAUCUUUCGGCAACAAGAGAAGCUAGUCAAGAGAGAAAGAGAGAGAGAGAGUUGGUGAGAGAAAGAGAGAGAUAGAAAGAGAGAUAGAGGAAGAAAGAAUCGUGCGAGACAGGUUCCAAGUCGGGGGAACAUGGGUGGAUCGAGAGACGGCGUGAUCUUGCUCAUCUUGGCGGUCGCGUGGCUCCGAUUGACGGUCGGGGUCGAGGUCCACGUGGCGGCCUUGAACGAGACCGACCAUCCAGUACAAGUGGAUUCUAUCGAAAACGAGGUGUCGUUCAGCAGUGAAGAGUUGGAUCAGCAUCCGCACAUGAUGCCCGGUAAACCUUCGAAACUCGAUACGAACAUUAAUCAGAUGAUACAGAUGGACGAUAGGUCACAGUAUCAGAUCGAGGCGACGCGAAUGGAGAACGCUACAGCGUUUCCGUUGGAGUCGACGGGUUGCCAGGACAACGGGACGACGCCUUGCGCGCGCAAGGAUCUGUCCGAUCUGUUCGACAGGUUGUCCAGGAUCGACACGUACAACGUGACCGACUCGGUGCAGAUCAUAAGAAAUCGGGACGUCAUCGGCAGGAAAGACGAAAAAGGUAACGACCGGCCGGACGCAAGCCUACUCGAUAAAGUUCGCCGGUUCGCAAGAGAACACGUAGUAAAGAUACGUCUGAGCCAGGACUUAAUACCCGGUAGAAAAGCUAGAACCUUCUUCAACGCAUUUGGCCUGAAGAAGCUGCUGCUACCUCUGAUCUUUGGUGUACAGAUCAUUAAGAGUGUCCUACUGGCGCUUUUCCUGCCCAGUAUCAUCGGAAGUAUCGGUAAUAUCGUCGGUAAAGGAGUUUCAUCGUUUGCGCAAUCAUCGCAUACCACGGCGCAGCCAGAAGAAAAUUUCGAGUUCAAGGAUAAUUCCGAUUUGUACAGCGAUGACUACCUGACGCGACAGCCGGUAGGAACAUUACCAGCCUCUGUAAUGUACGAUGAAAGUAUGAUGCAGUCUCAGAAGAGUCCAGAAAUCGCAUCGAGAUAUUCCUUCGUCGAUCCUAGAAUAACCCACGCCAAUGCUGUUGCUGAUCGUUAUUACACUCGCCACGUUGCUGCUCAUGGACUUUCUAAAAAGCAAGACUUUAAGGUGUUCCACGAAAUUCCAACGAGUUCGCUGCUGCUAACUAACUACGAUCCCUUCUACUCUCCUCUGUUAUCUCGCCUGGAUGCCGUGUUCUCUCGUCUGGGCCACACGACGGAGGGUUGCAGAGAAUACGCCGUUUGUGCGAUGUACCGAAGCCCCGCCAGAUACGCACCGUAUUCGAAUCUGGUCUCAGCACAGCUGUCCAGAGAGCUGAACGAAUUAAGAAGACCCAGCAGCGACAAUCCCGAUGUCCUGAGGUUCUUCCGGUACAUGAAGGCCGCGAAAGACGGACAAGAUGGCGUGAAAUGCGAGGAUGCGUACGCGAGUUGCGCAAUUGCACGAGAGGAUCAAACCCUCAGGCAAAAUCAGGCGAUGUUGGCUACCUACCAGGACAUCGACAAGCUCGUCCACGCGAGGAAGUUAUAAGAA